AGGCGUUUUUUCUUGUCGAGUUUUGGUGUGGGUGCUCAACAUAAUUGUGCCGUACCUCUUAUCUAGUCUUAAGGCAGUUAUCGGUGGGUUUCCUAUUUAUUAUGCAAUAGCAAGCUGCAACACCAAGAGCAAAAACAUCAUUGGAACCCGCUCUCUCGAACGAAUGCAGCCACAAAAAAACUAGAACUACUGGAAACGCAGGGGAAGUAGGUAGAAACAUUCUACUUGCAGAGGGCAGACUCAGUGCGCAAUUAUCUAUCCAUUUGUCCUGAAGAAAACCGAAUAUAGAUUGGAAUUGAUGGUUUCUUUACCUCCGUUGUCUUACGAAUAAUUUUACCAUAUGAAUCGGCCACCUCAGCAAGUUGUUUUAUUUCUCGCAAUUAGUUUUUACUGCGGUAAUUCUAAUUGAGUAGCAUCAGGCACAAGAGAUUAUACGAACUUAUCACUUCAUCUAAAAAUGGACUUCGAGCGUGGGCAGCCAGCCCCGUCGCCCGCCGAAGUGGGGGAGUGGGAGGGACCAAAUGGCCUGGCGGCAGCCAUGUCCGCGCGGUUGCAAAAGCGGGGAGCACAGGACUGGUCGAAUGCGUCCCCGCUGCUAAAAGCUAAGCACGAACUGAAAGACCAGCGGUUUUCGAAAACGCCAUCCCCUACGAAGCCGGAGAUGAGACUCCAGUCGCGGUCGCCUGCAAAAAUCGGAGAAAGGAGCCAGGGGGUAUUUGAUCUUUCCCCUACACUUAAGGCCACUCUCAUCAAGAAGUGCGUCUUCGGUUUUGAUUUCUUUUUUCUAUAGGCAACGCACUCCGUUCGUGUCCGUGUCUGAAAAUUUUUGCAGAAAAUUUGUGAGAAUCCUCCAUACGAUAUUGAAUUCAGAGCGGUCACGUUGGCCUUGCCCCCGGUGCCCGUAUGCCCCCGACGCAGCCAAAAUGGGGAGCCCGGUUCGUCGCGCAAACGCAUGGCGAUCGCGCGGACAAGAAGGAAAGCAAGCGAGAUGGGAUCAAAAUCACCACGACCACUAAUGCCGCCCCGCCUUCUCUCCAUGCUGCUGUUGAAUCUGCUCAGCACGUUCACGAACAACCGCAGGAGGGCCGGUCUUCCAAGAAAGAUCUUCUCGAGAAAGGACCUUCCAGCAGCUUCGACGCAUCCGGUAGUGGAGAUAUAAAGCCGAUGAAGACCACGGGGGUCGGCGACUCGCGCGGUGGCGAUGCUGGUGUCGGAGUCCGGGUAGAAGCAGCCGGGGCCGUGGAUGUGGUAAGACCGGACAACCAGGACACGCGUCCAGGGCCAGAACAGGGGGCUACGACCCAAACUAUUUCCUCUUCGGACGAGAUGAACCAAGUUUCCACCUCCUUAUCAAGGACGAAACAUCCGGAACAACGCGGAGGUAAAACCAACAUCAUCUUCAACAACACGAAUUUAAAAAUGCCCCGCGGAGGUGGGAUCGAGAACAGUGCGUCUGCGUCCUCUUCGUCGUCGUCCGGCGGGGCCGGCGCGAGCAGCAAAGCUGCGGCAGUAGCAGAUCCCGUAUCGAUGAACAAAUACAAAAGGAAACAGCCACCGAUCGCCGUAUCGAUGAACAAGGAUCACGGGAGUGAUAAACCAGACGGAAAAAGUGCCAGCUCUCCUGGCGAUCAAGGUGGGCACGAAAAGUCCUCGCCGCAGUCGCCGACAGGUAGUCGCAUUGACGCACAAGCGGGACCGUCCCUUUUGUCUGCAUCGGGUCCGGCCAUCAUGCCCACCUCGAAAGCAAGAGCUAACCCACCAUCCGGCGUACUCAGGAACAAAGACACAAUUAUCAAAACUGAUGAAAAAGUGAAGGCGAACAUCAUCACAACGACAGAUGCUUCUGCUGUUGCUGCGCAGGACGACGCACAGCCGGCCGUGUCAGCUGGAGCAGCAUCUUCGAAAGCAAUAGUCCUGCCGGAGGCGCUCCCGACCCGGAACAACACGUCUUCGAAUUUUGUGGUCGGUGGAAAUCAUGUGCCAGGCGCUUCUUCAUCUUCGGCCGUCGUGCAAAAAGCGGCUAGCCAGUCGGGCGGCCAGAUUGACGCGGAAGUGAAGGAAAACUCGAGCUUUCACAAAAACAGCACAACGACCACGCAGAAGAAACUUGCAGGUCAUGCCCACGACGCACCAGUAGGGAUAGAAAAGCAAAUCCAGAAGAUGUUGAACAAGAGGGGCGAUGUCAAGUCGUCUGGCAGUUCGAGUCGUUGGGGGGAUGCCGCUGCCAAUCGUGGAAUCCCGGCAGCGGGAGGAGCAGAUGCCGCGAGUGGGUCGUCGUCGGUAUUUAAACCGGCCGGACGAGGGAAAAUGGACACGAAGAAUGUCGUGCUGGAUCAGGACGUCAAGAAAAGCAAUUUCGGGUUACUUGGAGUGGCGGCCGAGCGCGAGCCGAAACACAAGAACAAUGCGAAAAAAUUCGUGAGGAUCGACGAAAAAAAGGGAAAUAAAGCCGACGUGCUCGCAAGUAAGAAAGAGGAGGAAAAGCUUCUGCCCUCAGAGGGAGACCAGGAUCUGCUGCACAAGACCAAAAAGAAAUUGAAGAACAACAAGAACCACACGAGCAGUAGCAGUAACAAAUUGUUUCAACACGACUUGUUCGACGUCAGCCAUGGUGAGUUUGCCCUGUUUCUGGAUCCGGAGGCCGCCGCUGGCUCAAGGGCGCCUUUGUCCUCGAACAACACAACUAUGCCUUGCAAAUUCCCUACACGGACAACUGCUUGUGAUGCAGCUACGUGCACUCCGAACACAUCCUUUAUUACAAAGUCUGACGUGAAUUGCAUUUGCAACUGGAGCUGGUCGUGUGAUCAAAUGAUAGUAAAGCAUAGUGAUUGAGCUGCAUGAUGUUCAAGGUGAUGAAUCUGAAUGUGCAUGAUCAGCAAGAAAUUUGGGCGUGUCCGUGUGCCAGGUUUGCAAUUGAUAAUGAACAACGGAAAAGUAGGUGGAAGUCCAAAAGGAAAAGGCAAGAAACAAAAUAAAGGCAAAGGAAAGGCAGUGCAGCCCAGCUCGAGCGCAGAAGACAACAUGGCGGAACUGAUCGUGGAUACCGCAUCCGGAGUGGAGCUGCCCGGUGCUGACGGCGAGAAGAAAGCUGACGGCAACAGCAAAGCACAAGCGCAGCAACGCGCUCCUGGAAAGAAGAGGAUGGGGUUGAAGCUGCACAAGCAGAAGAAAAUCAACAAGAAGAAAAUCAACAAGAAGCCGAAUGGCAACAGUAACAAUGACAGUCAACACGGCGAAAGCGAAGAUGCACAGGAGCAGCCUCCUGAUGUCGAUAUGGAUAACGACGAAGAUGCUGAUGAAGCGAAGCCGCGAAACAGUCACCAGAAAAAGCCGCUUGACCAGUGGGAGAACGUAACGGACGAAAAUUUCAAUGUCGCGCGGUUCCUAAUCGUAUCCGGUGCAAAUUGGUAGUCUGGGAGGUUGAGAAGGAUCACGAUCACCAUCUCCACUCCCCCGCAUUGCUGUAGUUGUAUGAUAAGUACACCACGCAGACACAGCAAGUUGUUUAACGCUCUUGAAAUAAGGAAAUCGUCUUCAAAACUUCUGCAUGCUCCUGCUUGAUCAGUCUACCUCUGUCAUGCGCAGUACGACAUCAUAGUGAUGAAGAGAGUCAUUGUUUUUCUUCCCGCUGCUGCAGGCGUAGCUUGCAAACGCAUCGCUAAGUGCACAAAGAAAAACUCGCCACUGAUCAUUCCACACCCAGACUAUACCUUUCCAGUGAAUAGACCGACACAGUCAACAGUCAUUGUGAAGCCGCCAUUUUCUUAGCGCAGCCGUACUACCUCGGCUUCGACACUUCCGGCACCGCCAAGGAAUACAGUUCCGUAAGCGCAGCGCAGCACAAAGCGUUUUUUUCCUUGGUGGAAGGUCUGCAGGACAUUGCCAACGAGCUGCAGGCUUACGAGGAAAUUCUGCGGAAGCCCGAGUCCGGUAACCAGCUUCCUAAAAGUAAACUGCAACCAAAUUUAGGCCUGCAUCCCGCGGCGAGCAGCAGUCCGGCAAAUAAGAGCACCGAUGAAAAUAAGUCGCAAGACAAAGAGGAACAUCUGCUGGCCCACCUGGCAGAGGCGGAAGGCGAAAUGCGUCGGGGGGAUAGAAAAAAGACGGGGGUCGCGAAAAAGAACACGGACGAGCAGACUGAAGAUGUGCGGAAACCACCGCGAAAGCGGCAAAAGAACUACGGCGAGAAGCAGCAAGAAACUGUGUCCGAUGGGUCAGCACCACCAGGACUGAACAAAAACAGCCAGAAAGUUAAGAACUUGAUUUCCGUCGAUCAUUCCGUGACGUCCGGGGACGCUCCCGGGGAUGACUUAAUGGACGUCGACGAGCAACACUACUGCAGUACUGUCCUGCAGCAGAACCCUCUUUCAUUAACGUCAGUGGUCUCGUCAUCUUCGUCCAGUGCGAAGUUGCCCCCGGUGCAAGAACACCAGGAAGUGGACGACGGCGACAGCGUCUUAAAAAAGCCGGAUCUUUUGGCACCCCAGUUACGCGAGCCGCAGCUGCAGCAGCUGAAAGUCGAACCAGCUGCAUCAAAAAUGUCUACGAGUAGUACGCCGUCACGUGAAGAGGAGUUGCACUACCCGCCUUUAGAACUGAGCGAAGCGGCUGCUGCCGCCGGCGAUGACUGGGAGGAUGAGUACACGCCGGGGUUCACGAACCUGCGCGUGAUAGAUCCGAACGACGACGCUUUCCUGGCUUCUAAUCGGAAAAAUCCGACCGAAGCAUUCGUUUUUGCACCGCACCCCCGAAUCGACGUCCUCGAGGUACAAUUAUCAUUAUGUUGCACUUGAUCCAUUUUCACAGAAUCCGAAAUUAGCAGGAGGCAAGCACGCCGUACACAAAAGUGGUAAAACAUUGUUUGUGUACUUUGUCUAGCAUCGUCCAAAACUGAUUUAGAUUUUAUGAUUAAGAAUAACUUUUGCAAAAAUAUCAAACGGAACUACAGGCCAUCAACACGGGGAAGGGCGUCAAACGGCCCUGUCUGGAAAUUCCGUCAGCGGAGGACGAUCGAGUGGGAGUGGCGGCGCAAAAGAGUCCGUUUGAAGGGGUGCAAGAUGAAGCAGAGGGACACCCGGAUUCUAAAAAUCCGGAGGAGAACGACAACGAGGACAACAAGAAAGUGAACAUGAAGAUCAACGGGGACACGAACUGGAACAUAUUCACUUGCCAACCAAGAAACAAACAGUUGUCCGGAACCAGUGGACUCGUAGCUCCGGGGAUCGGUUAUAGUCGCUUUUGCGGAGGGAAGCCAAUGACCGCGCAGGAACUGUCGCUGCAGUAUCAACCAGAGAAGUUGUGGACGCCAGUAUUUUCUGACAUUUCGAGAAGAAUCUAUGUAUGUAUGUAUCUUGCGAGUUCCACCUUCACACAGACAUCGCAAGGAAAUCUUUGCGAGUGGGGGUAGGUGACUGCAUGAAGACGAAGCUCCUACAAUGAACAGUGAGCAGGCCAUAGCAUGCUCAUGAUCUGGAUGUUUCUCUAACGACCAAUCUGCUGAGGAUCCAGUGCAAAAUAUCUGUCGACCACUUUUCUCGUCCAUACCUGUGCUGCGCGAGCAGUCCGAAGAGCUGAGUCUAUAUUGCAGAUGGCGGACACGUUCCUGUACAACUUGAUCUUAGUACACGACUUCCCCGACAAACUCGUGGAACUUGCGAACCGGGAGGACGGGCCGGUCUCCUUCCCGAGGGCUGCGUCGCUGGCAGUCGACAAGGAAAACGGGCGCCGCGAACUGCAACUCCUCGGUGUUGACGCCCUGCUGGAGAACUUCGUGUUCGAGCCGUACCACUUUCCAAUACAGCAGGCGCUUCGCGGAAAAGCAGUACGGCGGCACUGCACGAUCUGCAACACCUUCCUCACCUGGGAGGAGACUACGACCAACACCGCGAGAAAGAUGGCAAAGCGACAGUACGAAGCGGUCCGAGGCGUGAUGGUUUGCCGUGAUAGCCCCGCGUGCAAAGCUAUCGCGUGCAUGCUUGGCGGUCCCGCGGAUCCAGCGCUCGUCGCGGAACCCGGGCCACGUGCACCGGAAAAUCAGAAGAACCUGAUUCGUGUAGCGGUACUCAGUCCAGAACUGGCUGUGUCCGUCCCUGAUGUCAUAGCAACCGAACCUAGGACCACUCUCAACGUCCAAGCCGGGCCGUUCGUGGUGGUCGAGUCGCGGGAUAAGGGCGAGGGUGUGGCUCGGAAACACGAUACGCAAGUGGAAGAAAACUUUCUGUUUCUAUCUGGAUACUACGCUUCUUUCUGGAAGAUCGCAUUCGAUUUGCUCGCGGAUUAUUUGUGUGCAUGACUGAGUCUGAGUGGGAAUGAAAGUUACACCAAGCAUAGGCAGCACAGUCAUCAUUGUGAUGGAAUUCAUCGUGGCAUAUUUGAAUAGAUUUAUUGCUUUUACGUAAGAGCUUUGCUUGUUCUGCACUUGCUACUUGUUGUUUUCUUCAUUUCGCACGUUCAAAUCGAGUAGAAUUGGUGUUCGAAGCAUCGGCCUCAGAAAGAACACCAGAUAAAACCAGAAAAGUCGUGUUUUGCACUGGUAUACAUGAAUUCGAAUUAUUGGACAUGCUCCACCAGCUACCUACGGCAACGGACCGCGGUGCCAACAUUAUCAAGCUCUUCAAGGACUUGAUGCACAAAACUACUCCUGCUGAUGAGCCACAGCCACCGUAUGUGAUGGAGUUUUUUCCGGAAAUACUGUCCAACAUUUUGGAAUCUCCCAAAAACCGAAUGCGGUUUGAAUCAGCGCUGGAACGGUUGAAAAUUACGCAGGGGCUGCAAGCCGCGGGAACAUUCUUACGCAACGCCGAGAUCGUGCACGGCCAGUGCAACCCCCGCCACAUCGGCCUCCGCAACGACGGAACGCCAGUACUAUUCGAUUUCCGUCACGCCAGCAAGGUGGACGUCGCACGGAAAUUCGUGGACGUCCGCCCGCUCACAGCGGGUCCUAAGCUGGACGUCGCACGACACGCGCUAGUGUACACUAGUCCCGAGUUCGUCGAUGCGGUCCAACACGGGCCAGAGUCGUACAUCGGAUGGGACGUAUGGCGCACCGUGGACGAAGCCGCACUGGGAUACGUCGCAUCCCUCUGCGUCCCGGUGGACAUCCAGCUCGGUCUGCUCGUGACUUACCCAACCUCGGGCGCCCACUUCAUGCAAGGGUGGCGCCGGGUCUGGUCCACCGGUGGAGAGUGGCAGGAAACGAUCCGCGGUGCAUUUGAAGCCGUCGCAGGCUACAAUUUUUUGACGCGGCUGAAAGGUACGUUUUUUCUGUAAGGAUUGUUUUCUACGUUUAGUUGAUGAUGUGCUGUCGCUCUGCAUGUACAUGAUAUGCGUCGUUCUCCGCCUUUGAAAACCGCAUGAUCCUCAUGAUCGGGAACCUGAGCAUGAAGUUCAAGGAGAACGAGCAGGGACCUUGAUGAUAAAAGGAACAAGAACGAUUUUUCUUUAUGUUUAUCACAGAUGCAGAAGAGUUGGUCCACCGGCGGCAACAGGCCCGUUGGACUGGUUCUGGAGCACUUGUGUCUGAUUCUGACGGGUGGGAGGACUCGUUCUCGUACAGCGACGAGGUGGAGCGGCACGAAUCGAUCAACGCGGCGGACAGUCGAACAGAGGAGCAGGAGGUGGUCGAGAGUGCAAAAAUGCAAACGUCACCGUGAUUAUUUUCUUCGAUGAACACGAACCCAAUCAAUUUUGAUCCCCUUCUCCAAUCACAAUCAGUUCCGCUUCCGUGUUUGCCUUCUCCCAGAAAGAAAAGUCGGGUAGCACUGCAACGGCGUGCUGGACGCUUGUCGUAGCUUACUACACACCACAAUGCAGAGACGAGUAUUCGAAUGUGGGUAGCAAUAAAUUUGAAUUUUGACCGAGUUUUGAGAGUUGAAAAAUGUUGUUAGUUUUCUCAUUUCAGAUGUUAUUUUCCCUUUUCGCUUUCAGAUGUUUUUGUUUUCCCAAGAACGACGAAUGCUCAAAUACACGAAACUAUAAGAACUAGGCCAUUAAUUUUGAACUGCUCACCACUGUUAUUUCGGUGACACUUUCAGAACUGAAAAGCCACACUGUUUCACGUGUAGGUACGAAAAAUGAACAGGCGCAAUUUUUCGCAAACUAUUCCAAAAAUGUACUUUGCAUGUACCUCGGAGAUCAAUAGCCUCCGCGUUUUAUUGCAGAAGAUACAAGAAAAAACAACUCGUUUCCAAUUUAGUUCAAAAAUAAAUGUUGACAAGAAAAACCUCAAGUAUUUGGAUAAAUAUCUAGUUGUCUAGUAGUUAUCUUGACAGAUUUUGGAUUCUUUUGAUUGUUUCAUGUUUCUGUAGAACUGCAUUUGAUUUUGAAUGAAAGUGGCAUCCAAAACGGUAAUGUUCUAAUCUCAACAAUGCUGCAAAUGCCAAGUUUACGAUUACGCCCAAGCGAAGGCUACUCACCACCCGUCGCGACUGAUGACUCUCUGAUGUAGACUUCACUUGUUGGUUGAAGAAAACAGAUGAACUACUGAUUUUUUGCAGUGAGUUUUUCCACUCCUGUUCAAAGAAUGACUUGAAAGCGAGAGGCGAGCCAGUACCUCCAGGCAUCUGCGGGAAGA